AGACAACAGUUCAGCAGGCAACACCUAAAAGCCCAGCAAUUGGAUAACCCCUCAAAUUAAGCCAGGAAUCUCCCAGAAUGAAGUUCUUCGUGUCCAUUUUGGCCUUGGUUGGCGUGGCUCAGGCUGGUCUUCUGCCCCAUGUGGAUCACCAUCAUGGCUACCACCAUGCGGAUCUGCCUCAUUUGGUGGAUGCCGAGAUCCAUCACUCGGAUGGCAUUCACCUGGGACAUAGUGCCGCCAUAGUACAUGAUGAUCACCAUUUCGAUCACCAUUUGGAUCAUCAUUUCGAUCACCACUUGGAGUCGCUGCCCACUACUGUCUACCAUCAUGAGGAGCUGCCCCACCACUAUCACUAUGCUCGUUAUCAUACUGCUCCUUUGGUGCACCACCAUCACCAUGACACCCAUGCCGCCAUUGUGCAUCAUAAAACUGUGGUGCCAGCUCACCUGGAUGUUCACAGCCAUUCGAACCUUCUGUCCUUUGCCAAGCACGCCCUCCAUGGCAAGUACGGCAAGGUCAGGAUCACGGAGACCCAUUACUGAGAGAGAUUCCCCUAUAAAAUCCAUUGCCCAGACAUUACAAAAUUA